UGGGCUGUACCUUUAAUUAUUUCGCGUGCAAAAAUAAAACAGUGAUCAUGGCUAAAGUAUCAAUAGGAGCGUUAACCAUGUUUAAUCAUGAAGUGCAAGAUUGGUUAGUGUUUAAAGAACGUUUGGAACAAUGGUUUGUGGCCAACGAUAUAGACGCCACGGCUGACAAGGCCAAGUGUAAGCGUCGGGCUAUCUUGUUGAGCAGUCUUACCGAGGGUUCUUAUAAACUGCUGAGGGAUUUAGCAUUACCCAAAGUCGUGGGAACCCUAGAGUAUGAUGACCUUGUGAAACUUCUGGAUAAUCAUUUAAAAUCGGCAAAGUGCGGGUUUGCGGAGCGCAACAGAUUCUACUCGUCGACUCAAAAACCUACAGAAAGUAUGGCAGAAUGGGUAGCACGCAUUCGUGGAUUAGCGGUCGACUGCGGCUUUUCUGCCACGACUUUAGAUGAAACUCUUCGAGAUCGCUUUGUACUCGGUAUGACGCCGGGGCACGAGCGAGAUAAGCUCUUCACCAUGGAUAUGGAGAAAUUAACCAUCAGCAAGGCAUUGGAAGUAGCGGAGAGGAUUCAGUGUGCUCGGCAGGGCGCUGCACAAGCGUCGCCAGCGGCGUCGAGCACGCUGCCAUGUCCCGACAUGCCAGUGUACAAGAUGGCGUCGGUCCCACGUAGCGCGAGGCCCGGCGGCGCAGGAGGCAGCUUCGGUAGCGGCAGCAUAACACAAAAACCACAAGUGGUUUGCGCGGCUUGCGGUUAUGAAGGACAUGAGGCGGCUACAUGCAAGUUUUCUCGUUAUAAGUGCGGUAAAUGCGGUUUAAAAGGUCACCUACGGCGUGUGUGUCCAGGCAAGAAAGUGUUUCGUCAGAAUUAUAUCGAUGGUGAAUAUGGUGUUGAUGCUGAUACUGGCGAUGAUGUUUUCGCAGUGUAAACACUACGGCGGUAAACGAGUUGUUAACUUUAAAGUGAACGAUAUAGUUUUAGUUAAAAUGUACAGUGCACAAAAAAACUAUUGGGCAAAGGGAACUAUAAUAGAUCAGAUG